AAAAAAAAAUAUCACAUUGUUGUUGAUGCUUUGUAAUACAAAUAUUGCGAGUCCACCAACUAUAUUGAGCUUGCAUUGCUUUAUGGUUAGACUCUAAAUUCAAAAUGAACUGUCACAUCCCAAUUUGGGUUUUCAUUACUUAGUCAGGCCUGUACUGUUUUGGACAGUUGUAUCCUUUUGCACUUUAGUGUUUCCUUUUGUAAGGCGGAGGGGAAAAGCUGGGAAUAAGUGAGCUAUUUAUAGCCAGUGAAUCACAGUUUGGGUUUGCAUUUUAACUAAUUGAAUUGGGAAUAAGUUGCAGCACUACCAUAUUUGGCAAUGAGUGGGUGUUAAGAGUGGUCAGUCAUUCUUGGAAACCAGGAAUCUUGGCUUUUGAUGUGCUGAGGUCACUUGAUAAAGCUAAUAACUUACAGUUGUAUAUCCAGCAUUGGUUACAUAAUUCUUGUGAAGUCCACACUCAUCUAUUCAGCUGCACAGCAUCAUGACUGAUGUGUUGACAAAAAAUCAAUAGGAAAUAAAUAGGUUUGUGUGUACAGUUUGGUUCAGUGAACUGAAUGAGUUGACUGGAGUUCUGCCUCGAGCCACAAAUUAAGUGCUGUGUGAGGAAGUGUGGCGUCUAUUUGGCUGGUGAUGAAAUUAAUGCGUACAGGUGUUUAAAAAAAAAAAUUGACUCAACGUUAUGACCAUUUUGGAGGUUUGUGCUGCAGUUAACAUACAAGCAAACUCUAGGAGACUAUUACAACAAUACUGAACCCCACAGCCUCGAUGAUGGCAGUAGUUACUGCAGUGCUGCUGAAUUAGACUAUAUUAUUUUAAAAUAGAUGUGCCCAACGAGAUGCCAAGGGAGUGUAUAUCAUUACAGUAAAUGACAGGCUGUGGAUGAGGUCUAUCUGUGGCCAAAGGCUUUUGGGUAUUGAAAAUGAAUCUGCAGCUGACAAAAACCAGACCUAAUGCAUGCCAAAGGUCCCUGCUUCUAACAUCAUGUACCACCUACACAGUUUAACCUCAGCGGACAAAGUGAUGCAAUAAAUAAAGUGGAAAAACACGAGCAAGUUACAAACCAGGACAGUCAGAGGGGACAUCGGUGCAUCAUUUCACCUUCUUUCUGAUCAUUUUGAGUCCUACUACUAGUUUGACUGGGUUUCGGAUUCACUUGUAUAUAUCUGAGGGUGGUGGUGGCUGAUAGAGGGGGAAAGUGAACGAGAGAGGGCUCGCGCUCCCUCCCUCCCCCUCUCUCCUCUCGAGCGCACCGACUGUGACUCCGCUCCCUCUCUCCUACAUUCAAACAUGGCGAAACUCUUUGCCAUUAUACCACCACCGUCACCGUCACCUUUCUCCAGUCCAUCGCUGUCAUCACCACCUACGCCAUCACCAUCUUCGCCACCAUCAUCACCGUUAUCUCCGGUAGCGUGAUGACCCGCGAGGAUGGAGAAGUUGUCGGCGAGCCUGUCGGAGAUCACUUGGAGCCCGUUGGCGCUGCCGCUGGACGCGGUGGUCAGCAAGUUCCGUCUGCCCACUCUGGUCCGCCUGGCCCACGGUGAAUGUGUGGAGGGUCUGUCAGAGGACGAUGUGGUGCUCUUACACUCCUGCCGUCAGUGGACCACAGUGACGGCCCACAGCUUAGAGGAGGGUCACUAUGUAAUUGGUCCCAAAAUUGACAUCCCUCUGCAGUAUCAGGGCAAAUUCAAGUUGCUGGAUGAAGACCGGGACGUCAGGGAUCCAGUCCAGUAUUUCUCCAGUGUGGAGGAGGUUGCUGGUGCCUUUCCAGACCGAGUUUUUGUCAUGGAGACGAUCACUUUCAGUGUCAAAGUUGUUUCAGGGGAAUUUAGUGAAGACAGUGAGCCCUACAGUUUCACUCUGCAGGCUGGAGAUGAGCUGUCGCUCAUGGGGAAAGCAGAGCUUCUUUGUGCCACUCCCUCAAAGGAAAAGACGGGACUGAGCGCACUCCUUAGACGACUAGGAAAGACUCCCAGAAGUAAAACGCCCUGCCUGGUCUGCAUGAACCAUCGCACCAAUCAAAGUGUCAGUUUGCCCUUUGGCUGCCGUGGACGCUUCUGCACACGCUCCCCCCUGGAGCAAGGCAUGCUGGGGGGGGAGCACACGGUGCGCAGCAUCAUCGAGAGAGUCCGCCUCCCCGUCAAUGUGUCUGUGCCGUCGAGGCCACCACGAAACCCCUACGACCGUCACGCAGUACGAGAGGGCCACCGCUACAAGCUGCUCAACAUAGUCAGCAAGACGGUGGUGCUCUGCAUGGUUCUCCGCCAUCAGGAAGUGUCCCCCUCCCACUUUUUGUUGCUGCGUUGCAUGCCCCGGUUUAAUGUGGCCGAGGCCUCCGUGCACAAAGCAGCAUUGGAGAGCCUUCUUCUGCGACAUGCGUUUGACCCAGAUGCCUACUCUCGUGCUGUUAGAGAAACUCGGCCAGAAUUGGAGUGUAUGACUGAGGAGUGUGUGAGCCCACGGCGCUCUCGCAUGUGUGUGUCGGGCCAGGACUCAUUGGCACCGGCACUCCAGCGUCUCUCAAUGUGCGGGUAUGUUGGUGGAGUCUCAGACAGCGUAUCUCAGCGCUGCAGGGACUCCCUUGGAGAGCGGCUAGGGGAGGGGCCAGGUGAGGAGAGGGAGUAUGUGACUCCUGAGUGGACUGAGGGUGAAAUGAGGACCAAUGAGGAAAUCCCUUAUGAGGAACUCUGGACCAAUCAAAAUGCAGAGGGCUUAGGAAAGGAACCAAACCUCAUAUCCUUCCAUUCAUCUUCCUCACUGGACGGUUCUCUUGGUACCGUGGUGACAAGAGUGUCUACCCCGCCACCUGUACCUCCAAAAUCUGAUGCUGUGAGAGAGGAGUGUCGCUAUUUGAUCGCCCCUCCAGUUCCCCCUCGUUGCUCCAAAGGAGGCUCCAUCUCCAGUCCAGCUCCCAGCCCUCCUGUUCCACCUCGCUUCCCCAAAACUUCCACCUCCCCGAGACCAAACAUCUCCUUUUACUCCUCUGGACUACAGGACAGUUGCUCCCCCUCUCCCGAUGCCUCCCUCUACUGUUACCCGUGCUCUUGGGGUGACUGCUCUGCCCCUAACCCUACUAGUCCUGAGCCUGUCUCUGGCAUCCCUACAGACAACACAGCAAAUCCUCAGCCUGCACAAGCCACCUGGGCGGAACCAUGGGUGGAUUCCUUCACUUCCUCUGGACUUCGACUCAGGCCGCCACCCCCACAGAGUCGAUUUGCUCCCUUUGGGGCGUUGAACCCCUUCAACCGCCAGUCCCCUUGCCCCUCGCCUGAGCCUGCUCCCAAUUCCACAACAGAUUCUUCCAGAGGCGCAGAGGGUGGUGGGACAUCAACAGGCGUCACUGAGGGGUUGUCCCCGCCGCCUGACCCUACCUGGCGACCUCCCGCUGACCUGUCUGCUCUGUCAUUGGAGGAAGUCUCAGCUUGCCUGCGGUUUAUCGGCCUAUCAGAGGCAGCGGUGUCCGUGUUCCAAAGGGAGCGAAUCGAUGGCAGCCUCCUGGUGCAGCUGACUGAAGAUAUCUUGUCACAUGACUUUCACCUGAGCCGACUCCAUGUGACCAAGAUCACGCAAUUCAUACAGGGCUGGAGGCCCAAAAUCUAAUAUACACACUGUCCUGAGAAUGUGCCUGUUGGCUGCUGAGCCUCCCUGAAUGUGCCUUCCACUGUGACCAACUGGCUGCUGAGCCCAAUGAAUGAAACUGAAGGAAACUACGCCACACUGUGGUCAAACUGUAGAAUUGACACUUGACUGGCUCUAAUGCUUAAAGUCAGACUGACAUGUUUCCUGUCUGAAUCACAGUCUGGCACUAGUUUACUAACAAACGGCUACAACAGAGAGCUCCAGGAUAAAAGUGCCCUCUUUGGAACUUAAAGUCUGAUUUAAACAAUGUGUGGCGUUCACACCGUUCUACUUAGAAUUUGAUAUGCAGGGGAAAUUUCUAUCAUUUUAUCUUAAAUGAAAUUUGACGAAUGAACAGAAUUUCAGCACUUUUUAGACACUUUAUUUAGUCAUCACUAAGUGUUAAAUUAAUUUCAAGGGUCAAGGUAAUUUAAGGAAUUGUAACGUUUUGACCCUAUACAGGUCAUUUAAACAUCCUUCUUCAAAGAUAUGUUUCACUGAGUUUCAGUGGAAUGUAAUUGGCACAGAUAAAGUGGGAGGUUGUUUGGAGAUGAGACAAAGCUGUAAAUUAAAACUACCUUCAAAAGAAGAAUGAGGAAAAUAUAAAAAAUAUCAGACCUCUGAGCAGUCAUUGACAAAAUUACUGAGGUUUUGGUACUGAUUUUUUGGGGUACAGGUCAGUCUAUGCUUCUGGAGGGAUGAUAUUUUUAUUAAGUCCCUUUAAAGGUAACUAUGAGUGUUAUAGUAAAACUCCGAAAUGGAGUUGUAAGUGUACCUCAGAUUUCUCAUCCACAUAGAUUGAUCAAAGUCCUACAAUAUCAGUAAUUGUCACCACUCAGUUAUCUUGAAAUGCUUAUAUUUCUGCCACUACCUUUGCUGCCUUUUUCACCCACUGUUUUCGAUCCAUCUGUGAGUGCUUUGUUUCUAUUAUAAUCUCUUGUAAGAUCUGCAGAUGACCUAAAAUAAAGACAGAAAAGCAACAGAGAGAGACAGGGGAGAAUUCUUCAUUGAACUUGCUCCACCUGGCCGAGCUUGAGGUUAUCAGCACAAACCUCAUCUUCAGAUAGCAGACAUUAGACACUGAUAAUGAAAGCAGUCAAAUUUUGUAAUAAGUUAACACAGCUACUCUUUGCUUUUCUACAUACCAUAAAAAAGCACAAGUUAGUUAAGUGUUGGACGGAACAGCUGUGAAGCUUGUUCAAUGAAUUAAAAAGAAAUUCACAUAAAAAUGUAUAAUAAAGAAACAAAAAAAAUUCUACCUAAAAUCACUGAGUCAGAAAAAUGAGAAUAAACACAACACUUCAGUUUCUCUUCUUAGAGCAUUAAAAAUGAGAUGUUUUCUAAGAGGCCUAACGAUGGUUGGCUUUCAUAUACUUGAUGGCUGCUUCCUUAGUUACACCUUGGUAUUCAGAAGUAUUAAUUCUUUGUAGCAUAGAUUCAACAAGUUGCUGGAAACACUGGCUCACCACAUCCCAAAAAUGCCGUCUGAAUACAGCAAACUGUGUGUUCAAAAACCACAGUUUGAAAUUUCUAUCCUGUUGGAAUUAGCCAUCAGA